AUGAAAAACGCGGAAGGAUACACUGUACAGUGGUUCAAAGGUGCAGAAAAGGUCGAGAAAUCGGAUCGGUUGAAGUCCGUCAAAACUGGCAACUCGUUCAAGCUUGACUUCAAGAGUGUGGAACCAACCGACGAAGGUGUAUAUGUAGCAAAAGUCGUGAAAGAUAAGAAAGCAGUGGCCAAAUACGCCGCUGCCCUUCAUGUAGAGCCCUAG